GUAGUUUGUGUCAAAAUUGUUUCCUAUUGUUCACUGUUAUCGCUGCAGUAAUUUUGUCAAGAUGUUGAGCAGCGCCUGAGACAGAGUGAACCCCAUUUAGGGAGGGAUCGUCCUGAGGUUGUGAAUAGUUUCUUGGACAGAUCUGCAGCUUUAGCUGGGUGACAAUAACAUAUAUCACAGACAAUGCAAAGUACAAAUCUCAGGGAUUUGUCCAGUAUAACGAUGUAACAGUUGCAAAAGAGAGAGAAGCAUUUUGCUCUUCAGAAAGAGGUCCUGGUGCUUACUAAUUUGACAAAACAGCAAUUUUAUUGAAUAUAAGAUGGCUAUAAAAAGGAUUUGGAUUAAUAACUUGUACUGUUUCAAUGCCAGUUCCAGAAAAACGAGGUUCAUUUGAGAGUAAUAUUGGAAUUAAUACUAAAAAAUAUUUGGUAGUAGUAUACAUACAUAGGUGUACAAACUGCAACUUGUAAAAAGCGGUCCUGCUAAUAGUAGUUAAAAAAAAAAUUCCUCCCCGCAAAAAAACUCCACAGAAACAGAACAAAAAUCCUGCAGUGGUGUGACCCAAGCCAGAUUUUCUAAGGAAAUAUGACUUUGCACUGAAAUUUGCAGUGAAAUUGCAGAGAUCUUAGGGCUUUAGAUUGCAUUAAUGACUGAGUAUUUUGUAAGGGUAGAUGAAGUCAGAGUUUAUUAUAAGGGUGCUGCUAGAACUCUGAAGAACUUGGAGGUUGAGUUCCAGUUUGGCUGUUGCUGGUGGUGGUCUCGGGCACUGUCUGUGCUGGAGACUGGGAGAGUGAGAAGAAAAGGAGCAAGUCCCAGCUCGCUCCCUCCCAUGCGCGUCUUGGAGGAUCAGGACUGCUAAGGACACAAGGAGCAAGAGGGAUUUUGGAGACCGAAGAAUAAGUGAGACGAGGAGUUUGGGUGACUAUGUACCUGUUUUAUACAAGUGGAAACUGUGACGUUUACCAGGGAAAGCAAUGGAGCUGCCUAAACACUUGGUUAAUUUUAUGCUUGUUUCCAAUAACCUGUGUAUCAGACCCUUCAAAACCUAACUUUUUACUGAUACUGGCUGAUGAUCUUGGUAUUGGAGAUGUGGGUUGCUAUGGCAAUGAUACAAUAAGGACCCCUAACAUUGAUGACCUGGCAAAGGAUGGAGUGAGACUUACUCAGCACAUCGCUGCAGCUGCUGUCUGUACUCCAAGCAGAGCAGCUUUCCUGACUGGCAGAUACCCCAUCAGAUCAGGCAUGGCAUCCAGCACUCAACAGCGGAUUAUCUUUUGGAACGGGUGUUCUGGUGGGCUUCCACCGAAUGAAACUACUUUUGCCAGAAUAUUGCACCAGCAAGGUUAUUCCACAGCACUUGUAGGGAAGUGGCAUAUGGGUGUAAACUGCAGAUCCCGCCAUGAUCACUGCCACCAUCCUUUAAAUCAUGGCUUUGAUUAUUUUUACGGCAUGCCUUUUUCACUUUUGAAUGAGUGUCAAGGCUCAGAUGAUCCUCAACUGGCCAAGUCUUUGCAAGAUACAUACUGGCUUUACACACAGAUGAUUAUCCUUGCAGUGCUUACUCUUUUGUUUGGAAAACUUACCAAUUUAUUCCCAGUAAAAUGGAAAAUAAUAAUAUGUCUGGCCAUCUGUGGUCUCCUGUAUUUCCUCUCCUGGUUCUCCAGCUAUGGUUUCACCAAGUACUGGAACUGUAUCCUGAUGAGAAACCAUGAUAUCACUGAACAACCAAUGAAUCUAGAAAAAACUACUUCUAAUAUGCUGAAGGAGGCAGUUUCAUUCAUUGAAAGAAACAAGCAUAGGCCGUUCCUGCUCUUUUUUUCCCUUUUACAUGUUCACACCCCUCUGAUCACCACAGAGAAGUUUCAGGGAAGAAGCAGACAUGGCCCAUAUGGAGAUAAUGUAGAGGAGAUGGAUUGGAUGGUGGGCACGCUUCUGGAUGCUAUCGACAAAGAGGGCUUGAAGAAUACCACAUUCAUUUAUUUUGCAUCUGAUCAUGGAGGAUCCUUAGAGGCUCGCAGAGGAAAUACUCAGUUGGGUGGAUGGAACGGGAUCUAUAAAGGUGGAAAGGGAAUGGGAGGCUGGGAAGGAGGGAUCCGUGUCCCAGGAAUAGUUAGAUGGCCAGGAGUGUUGCCUGCAGGAACAGUUAUCAAUGAACCGACAAGCCUUAUGGACAUCUUCCCAACAGUGGUUCACCUGGCUGGAGGAGAAGUUCCUCAGGACAGGACAAUCGACGGGCGCUCUUUGCUGCCUUUGCUGCGGGGGACAGCUCAGCACUCAGGGCACGAGUUCAUGUUUCACUACUGCGGUGUGUUUCUGCAUGCAGUGCGGUGGUACCAAAAGGACAGUGGAACCAUAUGGAAAGUUCAUUAUGCUACUCCAGUAUUCCAACCAGAAGCUUCUGGGGCCUGUUUUGGAAGAGGAAUUUGCCCAUGUUUUGGGGAUGGUGUAAGCCAUCAUGACCCUCCACUGCUGUUUGAUCUCUCACAAGAUCCUUCUGAGGAGAAUCCUCUAUCAACUGACACUGAGCCCUUGUUUGAUACUGUAACAAGGAGAAUAAGAGAAGCUGUAGAAGAGCAUCGCAAGACACUGACUCCGGUCCCACAGCAGCUGUCUCCUUACAAUAAUAUAUGGAAGCCAUGGCUGCAGCCAUGCUGUGGCACAUUCCCGUUCUGUUGGUGUGAUAAAGAAAACAACAAAGCAGAUAGUGUAGUUUAAAACCAAAAUCUAAGUACAGGUAGCUUUAAAAAAGCUGAUCGUUUUCACAUUCACAUGACUACAGCCAUACAGAGAUGUGGGUCAAAUUACACUGGAAUAACUGAAAGGAGCGUUACUUAUGAUUUUUAUUCAACCUUUCCCUUACCCAUAGAAAUUCAAUGAGCCUGUAGUUAAAAAAAAAAAUAAAUAAUAAAAAUGCUCCAAACAUAUUCUACCUAUGGGUCACCUGAAUAAUUUAUCCCUCAAGUGCAUAAUUCUGGAUCAAAAACCCAAAUAUAUGAAAUUUCUUUCCUUGCCGAUUUCCAAUUCAAGUAAAUAAUGAGUUAUGAGAGCGCAAACUUUAAUUGCAACCGUUUGUACAAGUAAUGUGCUUGUUAAGGCAACUGGACUGCGCCCAAGAGGAAAUGUCUAUUCAGGCCUUCUCUUUUUGAUGAAAAAUACUCUCCUGUGUUUAAAAGCACAACUGCAUAUUUAAUUUAGAAACAUACCAAAACACAUCGACCUCUAAGAAAUAAACACCUAGUAAUGUACAGCAAUUUUUUUGCCUCAUCUGUACAUUCAUUUAACUAUCAUGUAAGAAUUCUGAGGAAAAACUAAACUGACAAGUAUGUUUUAAAAACUAGGUAGCUAACGUUAUCAUCUGAAGUGCAACAGCAAAGUAUCUGGCUAUUCCUAAAUGCUAAACCACAGCAAUUCCUACUGACAUACAUUUUCCAUGUUCUUAAGUCAUCUUACUUGAGAAAGCAUUGAAAAUCAUCACCUAGCUGCCUUGACCAGAUAGGUCCCAAAUUUCACGAUCUGUGAGGCCAUUUCAUAAGCUGCAUGUCCCAUUUGAGCAAUAAUGCUCCUGAUAUCAUGAGACUGCUACUAUACCCCAUGAAAAAUGUGUUUUGUUUUGUGAGACAGCACUUUGUUCUCAGUAAAAGGUGUUAAAAAAUUCACCACACUUACUAAUCACUUCAGUAUACAGGUCAUCUUCAAGCCAAACAAGUGUCAGCACUCUGUACAGUCAUUAGGGAAAGGGAGGGAAUUAAAAUAUCUAAUCCUCUCUUGCUGCCCUCAGGUUAAAUAAUUCAUCUCUCAACAUAUAAUCCUAACCAUGUUCUUGCAGGGUUUCUGUGUCAAAUCCAAUUUUUAAGCCAAGGUUCCUGCAUUUCCUGCUUCUAAAAAAUUAGAUUAUGUGCCAGAGUCUCAGAUUCAAACUUCUAAGCCUUCCUGAAUACUAUAUAUUCACUCCUACCACACAGCUAAAGGUCACCAAGAUUUUAAAAGUAACAAGGUGCAGUAAGAGCAGCACAGCAGGUGCUUCAGGUGACCCGUUUCCUUAAGGCUAGCCGCCUCACAGACCCACACCAGUACAGCCCUGUCCUAUACCAAGGUUAUCUGUCGUUUUCUGCCUUUUAGAAAGCAGAGGAGAUAAGGCGGCCCAGGGCAGUUGAUAAUCCUAGAGCAGUGUGCUGCUCUCUCAGCUCUUGAGCUGCAGUGGCCCAUCCCAGCCCUUCCACCAGCCCCAGGACAGCAGUGUGUGCCUGGACCAUGCACCUCUCACAGUGUUUUCAAGCAAGCUCCUGACUCACACCACCAAUGUGGUAUGUCACCCACAUGGUAAGUCACUGUUAUUUCGCUCUAAACAGCACAGGUUGUGACCAUGAUGCAGCACCAAAUGAAAGUCUCCAAAAAGCUGACCAGACAUUUCUUCAGGUUAUUUUCUCUGUUUUACCUUCCUUCUAAAAGGUCACCAGGCAAGUUAUGUGGAAAUUAUUCCACAUAAGUCAAAAGGCUAAUCUGACAAUGAACUGAUAGGACACAUCAAUGUCAGACUUGACAGAAGUAUCUAAAAAUACAGUUGUUCUUACUGCCUGAUAGCAACGCUGAUGUGGAUUUAAAUGCAAAGAACUUGUCAGAAGAUUUGUCACUAUUCUGUGGCUGACAAGGAUUGAAACCAGAGCAGCUGCAUUUCACUGGAUUCAUACAGAAAGAAGAGAGCAUAGAAGACCACACAUUUUCAAAACCAGUUUGGCCAAUUCAGAGAUGGAGGACAAAUCUUAUUGCUCAGUGGGGAACAAAGCCAAAAGCUGUUCUCUAGAGUCAAGCAAAUUGGUUCAGCAACACCUACACUGUCAGCUGAGCAUGAAAAUAAGCUUUUUCUCUCAUCACCUAACUGCCCUCCCCACCUGGUUUACACACAAGAACAUUCCCAGUCCCAGACUAGGCCAGGAUUAGAGUGUUUACCAGGGAAUGCGAAGGUGUUCAGGCACUCACACAACAUGUAAGCAUAGGUCCAGCCUCCUACUGACAGACUGGGAAGCCCAGUACAUCAGCAAAAACCCUGAAUUCCAUCUCUGAGCACAGUGCGAAUGCUUGUGACCCAAGUUUAAAGCCAGACUAAGAGCUAGAAACGUGAGCAGAAAGCAUUUGGAUUGGAUUAUACCAUGUCAAUCUUUAACGCCUGCCCUACACCUCACAGGAAAAAGUCAGCCUGUAUAAAAGCAAACAUUAUAGAAUCAUAGAAUAGGAAUGGAAGGGACUUUCAAAGGUCAUCUAGUCCAACCCCCUGCAAUGAGCAGGGACAUCUUCAACUACAUCAGGUUGCUCAGAGCCCCAUCCAGCCUGGCCUUGAACGUCUCCAGGAAUGGGGCAACUACCACCUCUCUGGGCAACCUGGGCCAGUGCUUUUCCAUCCUCAUUGUAAAACAUUUCUUCCUCAUAUCUAGUCUGAAUCUCCCGUCCUUUAGUUUAAAACCAUUACCCCUUGUGCUAUCAUAACAGGCCCUGCUAAAAAGUCUCUCCCCAUCUUUCUUACAGGCUCCUUUUAAGUACUGAAAGGCCGUAAUAAGGUGUCCCCAGAGCCUUCUCUUCUCCUGAACAAGCCCAACUCUCUCAGCCUGUCCUCACAGCAGAGCUGUUCCAGCCCUCUGAUCGUUUUCGUGUUGCUCCUCUGGCCCCUCUCCAACAGGUCCAUGUCUUUCCUGAACUGAGGGCUCCAGAGCUGGACACAGGACUCCAGGUGGGGUCUCACCAGAGCGCAGCAGAGGGGCAGAAUCACCUCCCUCAAUCUGCUGGCCACAUUCCUUUUGAUGCAGCCCAAGAUACAAUUUGCCUUCUGGGCUGCAAGUAAUACCUUAUCAGUUCAUGUCCAAUUCUUCAUCUACCAGUACCCCCAAGUCCUUCUCUGCAGGCGUGCUCUCAAGAGUCAUACUGGUGCACACUUCCACAUAAAAUACAUUAAUAGGUUAAAAGCUGUUACAACAACUGUUUGCAUUUGAAUAAUACUGAAAGAAAUUGACUUUUAAGUUACCCAGGUUUGCUUGAAAAAUCAUCUAUAAUUAUAUUUUUUAAAAAUACAUGAAUAUAAGAAUAAAAGCUAAAUUGUAUGCUUUGUCCCUUAUUUUCUCAUGGUCUCUUCCUUCAGAGAAGGCAGCAAGUGCCACAUGAAAUGACCCAUUGGAAAAACCUGAAGCAACUGGCAAAUCUCCAAGCCAGUGUUAACCAUUGGAGAAUGCGCCCACACAUGGUUAAAUAUAGACACUGUAGAAAGGGAAGAAUUACUCUAACAAAUGAAGUUAAGUUUUACUGAAAGAGCUGUGUCUGUACUGUAUAAAUGUUUGACAUGCAUGUUGUAUGAAGCUGACUUCCAUCUAAAUAAUUUGAUCAUUAUCAAAUGACAUUUGAAAUCACUGCAUUAGAGUGACUCAACAAAAUUAUCAUCGAGUCUCAGGGUAGUGACACAAUAAGCUUCUAAGAGACCUAGCUUCACUGUGUUUAAAUAUCACACCUGUCACUUUGUACUCUGCUGGGACCCAGGGGAAUGCCAGUGCAUGGAGCACAAGAUCCCAUCAUCCCAUCGUUUGACAAUGCAAAAUUACUGUGUAACAGAUAAACCGAGAAAAGCAACUGGAGCUCAGAGUUUAUCCAGCUUGAAAUUCCCAGGGACUCUGAGUAUAUUUGAGAAGCAUUUACAUGAAUCACCAAAAAGAAGGAGUAAAUAUCAAAAAACUUUUGCUUGCUGCCAGACUGUAGUUUAAAAUACACAGAGAUACAUAGUGUGAAUAAUAUAUCGGAGCAUUUUUGUAGAAAGCUUUGAUUCUAAUGCUACACCUAAACAAUUCUGUAAAAAUCAAACUUAUUAAAAACCUAGUUUUUCUUUGA